GUGGCGUCUCUCUCCAGCCUGUCCGAGCUGUCGUUGGGGAGCUGGCUGACCCAUCGCGCACUCUCGAUGCUCGGACAGGUGAAUCCCAUGCUCAGGAAGCUUUCCGUGACAAUGGCACACGGUGAUUUGGACCCUAUAGAUGUUUUCGAGGGUUUGACACGCCUGAGCAACCUUCAAACUCUAGAGAUCUGCUAUGCCACUUCUUGGCUGGAUGGACGGAGGCUAGGAUUGCAAAGAAGCCGAAUCCCUGUGAUGCAGUCUCUGAAAAAGCUUGAUCUCUACCGCUGGCAUCUGCCCAUGGUACAGAGGCUGUCACCCGUCCGGCUCUCGAUCACCAUAGGGACAUGCAAGCCCUCGUUCUGUGAAACGUUAUUGGUCAACUUACCGAGGCUCCGUGUUCUUGAAGUGUCAUUGCUGGACUUACUCGUGCCAAAUUUGGGAGAAGUGACACUCGCCCAAUGGACGAUCGCCAUGGAGCCGGAGCGGUUGCAUUCGUCACCCCGGCUCGUCUCCGAAAACAUUCCGUCGAUGGAGUUGUUUGCAGUCGGCCUUGAUGGCCUUGGCACGGAUCUGAGACGGACACACUGGACGCGUAUCCGUGUAAACGAGGACAACCAGCGGGUCGUAGAA